AGCCAGGACGUACGCGAGGCAUUCGGAAAAGUUCCCCGCCACUUGUUCGUGCCAAAGGUGGACAUCGCCACCGCCUAUACAGACCAACCCGUGUUUAUCCGUUGGCACGCGGGAACGCCUAUCAGUUCGUCCACUCAGCCCACGAUGAUGGCUAUCAUGGCCGAGCAAUUGCACCUGGAACCCGGCUGUAGAGUGCUGGAAAUAGGUUCAGGAACGGGCUACAACGCGGCCAUCCUGGCUCAUAUCGUCCGGGACAGCGGCGGCGUCAUCACGGUGGACAUCGACCAGGAUAUUGUGGAUGAGGCUUCCGGAAACUUGUCCAAAGCCGGGUAUGGCGAUGUCGAAGUCGUGCGUGGGGACGGAUUCGAAGGAUUCUCGGCAGGUCAGCCCUACGAUCGCAUAAUGGUUACCGUCGGCGCCCGCGAUGUUUCACCCCAUUGGGUUGAACAACUGAAGAAUGGCGGGAUCAUGGUAGUCCCGCUGUGGUUCAAAGGUUUCAAUCUGAGUGUGGCACUGGAAAAGCGCGACGGCGUCCUUGAGGGUUUAUCCGCGUCCCCGUGCCUAUUCAUUCCGAUUCGCGGAAUCGCUGACCUCACCGAGGGAUAUUUCCCCAUUCGGGACGAUCCCAACGACGCUCUGCAAAUGUCCAUAGGCAUGGAGCGGGACGACCCGGCCCAACGUCGAGAUUUGGACCGGUUUUUUGCCCAGAAUGUGCGAAUCCGCGAGAUCGGGCGUUCCCUCGAAGGCCAAUUUCAUACGCAGGACAUCUUCUCCGGUCUCUACGUGUUCCUUACGGUCGACCCGCGGGUCAAUGUCUUCUAUUCGCCGUCCCAAGACGGUCUGUUCCAGGGUGCCGGUUAUGCGCUGAUCGACCUCGAAAGCAUGAGCGCCGCCGUGCUGUCGGCUGGGCACCCGGAACAAGUCAUGGUCUACGGGAAUGAUGCGCCAUAUGUUGAGUUGAUCGGGCUUCUUGACCAGUGGGAUAAGCUGGGGCGCUCUUCAAUUCACGAUCUGCGUGUCCGCGCGUUCUUCGAUCCUCCGCAAUCCAUGCCUGACGGUCAUUGGACAGUCGCCAAGAGGUCGGCUUAUACCUGGGUCAUGUCGUGGGGCAGUUGA